AUGGAUGCAACUAUACCAAAGAAGCUUCACUGGAGCUACUUCACAAGACAACGACGACAUGGAGAAGAUCAAGCAUUUUUCUGUUCUAUUAUUUUCAUCACCCAAAUCUCAACUACUCCAAAUAAGAGAGUUCACAAAACCGUGAUCGACAACUUGAGAUUUUUCAUUCAAAAUGAGCUUGGAUCUUUCUUCUGCUUCGAAGACGACUUGACAAGGCUUUCAAGCACUCUCACUGCAAACAACGCUACGCUUGAAGAUGCCGAGGAGAAGCAGUUCACAAACAAAGUUGUUAAAGAUUGGCUGCAAAAGCUCAAAGAUGCAACUUACACACUUGAUGACAUCUUGGACGAGUACACCACUGAAGCCUUGGAGUUGAAUAUCCCCUCUUAA